AUGGUGUCGGGGAACACACAUCUGACCUGCCUGCGCGGCACUGUCGUCCUGGGCGCGAUGGGGGCGGCGCUGUGCCUUUGCGCUGCGGCGACACUGCCCAUUUUCGAGCUGCGCGUCGACGCGCUCAACUCUUCCAUCACACAGUCUCUGUGGACGACAAGCAUAUACACCCCUGCCGGAGAGAAGCACAUGCCUGUGAAGACGUUCGUGAAGGACUGCAACGAUCUGGUGCUUGCGUUUCAGGUGGCGCAGAUGUCCACCGUUGUCGGUAUCGGCGCCCUCGUUCUGGCCUUCCUGUCCUCGGUCUUCCAGUGCUCGGUCUUCCACAUGUUGUCGACCUUCACGUACUCGAGCUAUCGCGUGCGCGCCGUGUGUGGGGCGCCGAUUUGCCUUCUGCUCACGGUGGCGAUCGCUGCGGCCGGCUUGAACUGCUACAUCAUGCGCGCCAUGUACGAGAACGACUGGUGUGAGAACAACAGCACCGUGCCCAUGUCAAGUACCGAUCCGGCGAUGGGUGUUCUUACCGAGCCGUUGACUCUCCUCAAGCCCGCCAUGGCUGUGGUGAAGGCGCCGCAGGUGCAGCUUUAUCUCUUAACCUCCGCCACAAACACGAAAUCUGAUGCGUCGGUGGGGGCCGAACGCAUCUACAUGCCCCUGUCUAAGGUUGCUGCCGCUUCGACUGGCGGCCUCUUCGGGGACUGCAACCCGUUCGACGGCUGCAUCAGCUCCUUCCACAGCAUGGGGUUCACGGGCGCGGAAGGGUGGAAGACGACGUGGGCGGCGCUGGCAACGGCCAUCACCGGAUUCUUCACAGAGACGCUGGUGGUGAUCAUUGGUGCCCGUCGCCCGUCGGAGGCCGGCGUGGGCGAGUCGGCCGUCGCACUGCUUCAGGGCGAGGACGAGCGGCUACUGUGA